AUGGACGGAGAGGACUGGGAUGACCGCGAGGCCGGCGGAUUUGGCGGCUUAGGCUCCGCGAUGGGGCGCUCGCCGCGCGGGGACGAGCGCGGGGGCACGCGCGCAAGCAGAUGGGGUCCAGACAAGCGCGACGGCGGAGAAAGCCGCGACGACAGGGCUGCGCGGGGCGAUGAGCGGCGGGAUCGGGGGGGCGAUAGGCGGACGGAGCGGGGGAGUGAUGGCCGGGGGAAUGGCGGAGGAUGGGGGGAAGACGGAGUGUGGAGGGACGAACGGCGGGAGCGCGAGCAGGGAUACGGGGACAGGGAGAGGGGGAGGGAGAGGGACAGGGGGGGAGAAAUGGACAGGUGGCGGGGCGCGGAGGGGGACGGCGGAAGGGGUCACGCGGGGGCUAGGGGAGCGGGGGGACGGCGCGACGGCGGGGAGCGUCAGCAGCGUCAGGAGCGUCGGGAUAGAGAGGGAUCGGAUGCGGUGCCAGCGCUGUACUCGAUUCACCGCGCGACGGUGCACUCGAUUCGGCCGUUCGGCAUGUUCGUGCGGCUGGAGGGCCAUCGCAAGCACGGUCUCGUGCACCUGUCGCAUGUGUCCGACUACGAGGUGGCUAAGCGAGACGACACAGACGACGCAAAGGUGGAGGCUCUUAAAGGCGUGGCAGCAGAGGGCGAGCAGGUCUGGGUGAAGGUAAUUAGUCUUAAAGACGAGACCGGCGCUGACGUCAUCGACACGACUCCGGGCCUGCCAGGCUCGGCAAACAUCCGGAUCGGGUGCUCCAUGAAGGUGGUUUCGCAAACGGACGGUGCGGAUCGCGACCCGAGUAAUCAACGGAUAGGAGGCGGGCAGGGCGGCGGCAGCAAAUGGCGUGCCCCCGUGAAAUUGGAGCUAGAAGCGGUCUUGAAUGUUACGUGCACACGGUGUGGGGGGCAGGGGCACUUAAAGACGGAGUGCUAUGGGCCUGUGGGCGCGAGCUAUGAGCUUUUGGCGGAUGAUGCCGGGGAGGAGAGGAUAGGGGUGGAUGGAGGAGGGGGCGGGGGGGGUGUUGGGAGAGGCAGUGGGAGGGGUGGUGACGGUGGCGGUGGCGGCGGUGGUGGUGGGUUGCUGAGAGCUGGGGGUGGUGGGAGAGGGGAGUUUGGGGGAAGAGGGAGGGAUGGGGGGGAUGGGGGGAGAAGGGGGAUGGAUGUGGCUGAUGUGGACUUGAGGGGGAGGGGGAGAGGGCUGGCGAUGACUCAGCCUGCGUGGAUGACAGCUCAGCAAAAAGGGAUGGCGAUUGGUGGGGCGAUUGGGGAUGGUUCUGGGCGUGUGGGGAGUGCGAGGGAGGAGGAAAGGGUUGAGGAUGGAGUGGGGCAAGAGGGAGGGGAGAGGGGAGGGGAGAAGAAAGACAGGAGGGGAGAGAGGGAGGAGAGGAGACGGGAGAAAGAGCGGAAGCGAGAGGAGAAGGCGAAGGAGAAGGAGAAGGGAUUGGGGAUAGGGAGUGUGGAGGAUGCAUUGAGGAUUAUUGAAGAGAUGAAGAGGGAGAAGAAGGAGAGGAGGGAGAGGAAGAAAGCGCGGAAGGAAGCCAAGAGGGAAAGGAGGAAGAGGAGAGGGGGUGAUGGUAGUAGCAGCUCUGAUAGCAGUGGGAGUGAAAAGAAGCGGGAGAGGAGGAGGAAGCGGAGGAGGGAAGAGGAGAGCAGCAGCGAGAGUGAAGGGAGUAGUGGUUCGAGUGAUGAGCGAAAGCGGAAGGAGCGGAGGAGUCACAGAGACAAGAAGAGGGGAUCCCGACACAAGAGAGCACUCUUGGCCGUUGAUCGCUUUAGCGUAGUCCGCGGGAAUCGACGGCGGCAUGGAGAGCGGAAGGGGAUGGGAGGAUCUGCUGCAGAGGAGCCAGCAGCAGCUCUCGCGAUUCUCCGCAACAGAGUCCGAAUUCCCGCCCAUUCAGAGGAGUUUGGACCAGUUGGAGGCGUUGUCGCAGCAGCUGAGGGCGCGCACGUCGCGCCUGGAUGCCGUCACCGAGACCAACGCCGCCACGCGUCACUCCAGUACCGCCUUACCCUCCUCCCCCUUCCCCCGUCUCCUCACUCUGGCGCACCCCGUCUCCCCCCCCUUACCCCUCCCCUCCCUCCGCCUCCCCCCACUCUGCCCCUCCCCCUUCCCUCCUCCCCUCUCCGCGCCCGUCCCUCUCUCCGCGCUUCCCCUUCUCUCCGCGCUCCCCCUUGCGCAUGGGCGCGCAGGCUGUUGGCGCGCGAGGGCAUCAACGCGGAGCAGCUGACCAAGGACCUGCGCUCCGUGCACCUCAAGACGACCUUUGAGGAUGUGCUGCCAGUGGAUGCUGGCAGCGUAGAGGAAUACCUCACCCAGGUGCACGAGACGAGUCUGGUGAUGGCGGUGCAGGCAGCAGUGCGGGAGAACACCGCGUCCUUUGAUUCCUUCAUGGCUCGAGCCAUUCAGGACGACUGGCAGAGGGACAAGCGCGACCUGCUGCACGGCCUCACUCGCCUCAACCCCUCCUCCUUCCCCUCCUCCUUCUCCACUAAUUCUGCUGGCUCUGCUGGUGCUGGUACUGUUGCUGCUGCUGCUGGUGGUAUUGCUGACGCCUCAAAACUUGCCUCAACACAAGCAGUGGGGGAGGCGAGGGAGGUGGCAUAUGCGCAGGUGGUGGGGGAGCUGAACGCUGCUGCUGAGCAAGGCGUGGCGGUCAAGGUGGUGGGGGAGCUGAACGCUGCUGCUGAGCAAGGCGUGGCGGUCAAGGUUGCAACGGCUAUGGCAGCAGCAUAUGAGAGGGCGACAGGGGGGGAGGUGCGGGGCGAGGAGCAGCAAUCUGUGGGCACGAGGCAGAUCUGGCAGCUGGUGCAGAGUCUCCUGGGGGAGGACGAGCAGCAGCAGUCAGGGGCCUCUCUAUCGCCAUCACCAUCCUCGUCAGGAGCACCUUUCCUGCGGGGGGACCGCAUGGGAAUGGUGGUGGGGGCGAGGCGGCAUCUGGAGAAGGGGCAUGCUCAGUACAUGCUCAAUGUGAUCCAGUCCCACCCCAACGAGGCAUCACUGGGUGGUUCCACUGGCAGUCUUCACCGCGUGCGGGCCUUUCUCAGGGUGCGCCUGCGGGACCAGGGCCCUCUGGACUUUGAUGCCACGCCCACAACCCGCCUGCCUCCCCUCGACACCACGUGGCACCAGAUCUUCUACUGUCUGCGCUCGGGCUUCACCAACGAUGCUCUCCACGUCGCACAGAACUCCCGAUCCGCCCGUGCCUUUGCCCCCUUGCUUGCCACGUGGCUCUCAUCCAACGGCUCGAUCGACCCCGCCACCUCCGCAGCAGCAGCAGACGAGUGCGACCGCAUGGCGCGCACCGCAUCCCACUCCUCUCUAUCCCGCCCAGGAGCGUCCUUCACAGGAGCAGCAGCAGGGGGGACAGCAGGAGGGGUAGAUCGCCGCAAAUUCCUCCUCUAUGUUGUCAUCUCAGGCCGGAAAGCCUUAGCAGAUCGGCUGUUCCGUGAAGCCCCGUCUCUCUUCCCAACCAUAGAAGAUUUCAUGUGGUUCCAUCUUGCUAUCUUGCGCCAGGCCGAGCCCUCCCCUCGCUCCCAAGCCUCCCCUUCUGGCCUCUCGUUUUCCGGCCGAGACGGGGGUGGGUGGAUGGGCGGGUUCGGGGGUGCUUCGGGCGCCGAUGCUGCUUCUGCCGCCGCUGCUGCAAACUCUGGUGUGUAUUGCACCAUAGAGAAUCUACAGGCCUAUCUGUCCCGCUUUGACCCAUCAUAUUACACCAAGAACGGAAAAGACCCACUGGUGUACCCAUACGUGCUGCUGCUGAGCCUGCAGCUGCACGCAGCAGUGGUAUACCACCUGGAGAGUAUAGAUGUGGUAGAUGCAGUGCACCUUGGGAUUGCCCUGGCGCACUCUGGAGGCUUACAGCUGGCGAUGCGAGGAGGGGGGGGCGGAGGAGGAGGGGGAGCGGCGAGGGGGGAUGGCGCGGACGGGGGAGCAGGGGGAGCGGGAGCAGGAGGAGGAGCGGGAGGGGGAGGAGGAGCAGGGGCUGUUGUUGAUGCAGAGGCUGACAUAGCAGGGAUUAUUCGCAAGUAUGCGGUGUCUGUGUUUCUGAGGGCCGGUGACGUGCGCACAGCUCUAGAGUAUUUCUCAGUGGCUGCAGAUGUGAUUGCUGGGGGGGGGGCUUCGGGGCGAGGAGGAGGGGGUGCAACGAGGGAGCAGAGGAGGAGGAGGGCUACGGUUAUGGAGGCGACUGUGAGAGAGGUGUUGAGGAGCAAGAGGGGGAUUGAGGAGCUGCUGGGGAGUGGGGGAGGGCUGGGGGGAGCGGACGGGGGAGGAGGGGGAGGGGCGGGAAGAGGGGGAGGGUCGCUGACGCGGUUUGUGGGAGAGGAGGGGGCACAGAGGCAGGUGGUGCUGGGAGCAGCCAAGGACUGCCAAGACAUGGGGCAGGACGAGGAGGCCAUACACCUCUACAGGUGGGCGCGUGCCCCUGCCGCCGCCCUGCUUCUCGUGAACGACCGUUUCUCCCAGGCACUGGCAGCAGUGGCGGCAGCAGCAGGGGCGGGCAGCACGGACAGUGCGGCUGUGAGGGCAGCUUCAGGGCAUGCGGCGCUGGGGAAUCAGAUCAUUGGGGAGGCUCCCCCUGCUGCCACCGCUGCUGCCGCCGGCACCGCUGCUGCUGCUCUGCCUGCAGGGGCGAGUUUCCCCGACCGCUCAUCGCUCGCGGAGCAGCAGGUGGCGUUCCGACAGCUGGAGUCCAUCUUCCACUUCUACCUCGAUUACGCCGCCUCACGCCUCCCCUCCGCACUGCAGCACCUCUCCGGCCUCCCUUUCCUUCCCUUUGCCGGCCGCUCCCCCGUUGCCUGCGCUGCCGUGCUCCCGAGCCUGCACCGAGCCGUGGAGGACCGGCUGCCGAAGCUGCUGGAGGACGUGCUGUCGUGCCUGGAUCGGCUCCCCGAUGCUGACCCGAACGUGCGAGUGCUGAGGAAUAAUGUGCUGAAUCUGGUGGCAGGAACGCUGCACCGCAACUGGCCUCAGCACAUCUACGAGCUCGCAGCACGCAUGCACUCCGUGCCCUUGCCAACUUAA